AUGGCUAUUCAAGAUAAUAAGCAGUCUAAAUUCUUCAAAACUUUCAGUAUGAAGAAAGAACAAGAGUCAAAAAUACGAAAACACUGUGGCAGCCAGUCUCCUGGCAGAACACUUCCUGCAGGCAGCCAGUUGGGGCCUCCGCUGACAGGAAUAGAAGGUGAAACAAGAUUAUCAUUCUUUGAUUCUUCUGACAAAAUCACCAUGUUCAUAUUCAAUGGCUCAGUCUUCAUGCCCUCUGUACUAACACUCAUGGGGAUUCCUGGCCUGGAGUCAGUACAGUGUUGGAUUGGGAUUCCAUUCUGUAUCAUGUACCUCACUGCUGUGAUUGGGAAUUCCUUAAUUUUAGUUAUAAUCAAAUAUGAAAACAGCCUCCAUAAACCCAUGUACAUAUUUUUGGCCAUGUUGGGGGCCACAGACAUUGCACUUAGCACCUGUAUUCUUCCCCAAAUGUUAGGUGUCUUCUGGUUUCAUUUGCCAGAGAUUUCUUCUGAAGCUUGCCUUCUACAAAUGUGGCUUAUUCACUCAUUCCAGGGAAUUGAAUCAGGUGUGUUAUUGGCGAUGGCCCUAGAUCGCUAUGUGGCCAUCUGUGACCCCUUGAGACACGCCACCGUUUUCUCUCAACAACUCUUAACUUACAUUGGAGUUGGGGUGACACUCAGGGCUGCCAUUCUUGUAGCGCCAUGCCUGCCACUUAUCAAAUGUCGUCUUAAACUCUACCGAACUACAAUCAUCUCCCACUCUUAUUGUGAGCACAUGGCCAUUGUGAAGCUGGCUAUUGAAGAUAUUUGGCUCAACAAGAUAUAUGGUCUAUUUGUUGCCUUCACCAUCUUAGGGUUUGACAUAAUCUUUAUCACCUUGUCCUAUGUUCAAAUCUUUAUCACUGUCUUUCGACUGCCCCAGAAAGAGGCACAGUUCAAGGCCUUUAAUACAUGCAUUGCCCACAUUUGUGUCUUCCUACAGUUCUACCUCCUUGCCUUCUUCUCUUUCUUCACCCAUAGGUUUGGUUCAUACAUACCACCAUGUGUUCAUAUCCUUCUAUCAAAUUUUUACCUCCUAGUCCCACCUUUUCUCAACCCUAUUGUCUAUGGAAUUGAAAACAAGAUCUCAAAGGUGCAGAUAGAAAAAGAGGCACUGCAGAACAGAAAGUGCAGAGGAAUGAGACUGGAAUCUCAGGAGGAGAAAAGAGUUGAUGAGUGA